AGCAUCGACUCGUUUCUCACUCCAGGAAGCCCUGCUCGCUCGGUGGCGGAGUGAAGUUUUGCUCCUGGCCGUGAUAAAGUCUCCGGGACCCCGCAGCGCUCCUCCACAUUUCCCCUUACGGAGCUCCAGCCAUGGCGAAGCCGCUGAGUGACCAAGACCGCCGCAAGCAGAUCAGCGUGCGCGGCAUCGCGGGGGUCGGAGACGUCGCUGAGAUCAAGAAGGGCUUCAACAGGCACCUGCACUUCACGCUGGUGAAGGACAGGAACGUCGCCACGCCACGGGACUACUACUUCGCCCUCGCGCACACGGUCCGGGACCACCUGGUGGGCCGCUGGAUCCGGACCCAGCAGUACUACUACGAGAAGGACCCCAAGCGUGUCCACUACCUUUCCUUGGAGUUCUACAUGGGCAGAACUCUGCAGAACACCAUGAUUAACCUGGGCCUGCAAAAUGCCUGUGAUGAAGCCAUCUAUCAGCUGGGACUGGACUUGGAAGAGCUGGAGGAGAUAGAGGAGGAUGCUGGACUGGGCAAUGGUGGAUUGGGGCGACUUGCAGCUUGUUUCCUGGACUCCAUGGCUACACUGGGUCUGGCAGCGUAUGGUUAUGGCAUCCGCUAUGAGUUUGGAAUCUUUAACCAGAAGAUUUCUCAUGGUUGGCAGGUGGAGGAAGCAGAUGAUUGGCUACGCUAUGGCAACCCCUGGGAAAAAGCCCGUCCGGAGUACAUGCUGCCAGUGCAUUUCUAUGGUAGAGUGGAACAGACAGGAGAUGGGCCAAAGUGGGUGGACACCCAGGUGAUCCUGGCAAUGCCAUAUGACACUCCUGUUCCCGGCUACAAGAACAACACGGUCAACACAAUGAGACUGUGGUCAGCCAAAGCCCCCAAUGACUUCAACCUGCAGGAGUUUAAUGUUGGGGACUAUAUCCAGGCUGUCCUGGACAGGAACCUGGCUGAGAACAUCUCCAGAGUUCUGUACCCCAAUGAUAAUUUUUUCGAGGGUAAGGAGCUGCGCUUGAAGCAGGAAUAUUUUGUGGUGGCCGCCACCCUGCAGGACAUCAUCAGACGCUUUAAAUCCUCCAAGUUCGGCUGCCGGGACCCUAUACGCACUUCCCUCGAGAGCUUUCCUGAUAAGGUGGCGAUCCAGUUGAAUGACACUCAUCCUGCGCUGGCUAUUCCUGAGCUCAUGAGGAUAUUCGUGGAUGUGGAGAAACUGGGCUGGGAGAAGGCCUGGGAGAUUACCACAAAAACCUGCGCAUACACCAACCACACCGUGCUGCCGGAGGCUCUGGAGCGCUGGCCUGUCUACAUGUUCGAGAAACUUCUACCCAGACACUUAAUGAUCAUCUAUGAGAUCAAUAAGAGGCACCUGGAUAGAAUAGCAGCGCUGUACCCCGGCGAUACGGAUCGUUUGCGGAGGAUGUCUCUGAUCGAGGAGGGCGAUCCGAAGAGGAUUAACAUGGCUCACCUGUGUGUGGUGGGCUCUCACGCAGUGAACGGAGUCGCUCGCAUACACUCGGAGAUUGUGAAAGACACAGUGUUUAAAGACUUUUACGAAGUGGAGCCGGAAAAGUUUCAGAACAAGACAAAUGGAAUCACACCCCGCCGCUGGCUGCUGCUCUGCAACCCUGGCCUGGCUGAGCUCAUCGCCGAGAAAAUCGGUGAGGAGUUCAUGACUGAUCUGUUCGAGCUGAAGAAGCUGCUGAAUUACGUUAAUGAUGAGGCAUUCAUCAGGGACGUGGCCAAAGUCAAGCAGGAGAAUAAGCAGAAGUUAGCUGCAUAUCUGGAAAAGGAGUAUAAGGUGAAGAUCAAUCCUGAGUCCAUCUUCGACAUUCAGGUCAAAAGAAUCCACGAGUACAAGAGGCAGCUGCUCAACUGCCUCCACAUCAUCACCUACUAUAACAGAAUCAAAAAAGACCCAAACAAAAAAUUUGUUCCAAGAACAAUAAUGAUUGGAGGAAAGGCUGCACCUGGGUAUCACAUGGCUAAGAUGAUCAUAAAGCUGAUCACCUCGGUGGGGAACGUGGUGAAUAAUGACCCGGUGGUGGGAGACCGGCUGAAGGUGAUUUUCCUAGAGAACUACAGAGUUUCCCUCGCAGAGAAAGUGAUCCCAGCAGCAGAUCUGUCAGAGCAGAUCUCCACGGCGGGCACAGAAGCUUCCGGAACAGGAAACAUGAAGUUCAUGCUGAAUGGAGCUCUGACCAUCGGCACCAUGGACGGAGCCAAUGUGGAGAUGGCUGAGGAGGCCGGGGAGGAGAACCUCUUCAUCUUCGGCAUGAGAGUGGAGGAUGUGGAGGCCAUGGACCGCAAAGGAUAUAAUGCUCAAGAGUACUACGACCGUCUACCGGAGCUCCGCCAGGUGAUGGAUCAGAUCCGUACCGGCUUCUUCAGCCCUGCAGAACCAGAGAUGUUUAAAGACAUCGUCAACAUGCUCAUGAAUCAUGACCGGUUCAAGGUAUUUGCUGAUUAUGAGGCUUACAUCAGCUGUCAGGAGAAGGUCAACAACCUUUACAAGAACCCAAAAGACUGGACCAAGAAGGUGAUCAGAAACAUUGCAGCUUCUGGCAAAUUCUCCAGCGACCGCACCAUCUCUGAGUACGCUCGGGAAAUCUGGGGGGUGGAGCCAUCGGCUGUGAAGAUACCUCCACCCAACGAGCCUCGAGACUGAGAGGCCAGACGUGGUUGAAUUGGCCAAUGAUAAUUGGUGAUGCCGGCCAAAUCCCUCCCUGUUUUUUUUUACAUCCUUUUGUUGUCUCCUGUCUAAAGAAUUUCAAGAAUUGUAAUUGCUCUGAAUUUAUAGUUCAGUUUGGUUGCAGCUUUACUGUCCAUGACCAUUAUCUCUCACUCUCUUAACAUGACCAGGGAAGGCCUUUCUGAGACCAAGCUGAUGUUUAAAAAAAUACAUUCAUAGUAUAUCACCAUUUACAUACCUAGAGAUUGAACCACAGCUCAUUGUGUUUGUGUACUGUUCUGGUUUAAUAGACAACUCUUGGCCAAGAGAUCAAAGGAUUGUGUUUUUUUUUCUGAUUGUUAACAGUGCUUUAUUGCCUUACCCCUGUACUGUACAUCAUAUCUCAGUGCCUUUACUCAUAGCUGUCCAGUCUUUAAUCCAUUGUCUGCUCUGGUCAUUGGUAAUUAAUAGAGCUGUCAAUAUAAUCGUUUGGCCAGUUAUAUUCUUGAUCUGGAUAUAAAGACCUCUGGUGUGUUGCGAGAUGUGAGAUCAUCUCUUAAACACAAACAAAUGAUGAUCAGCCCAAAAUGCCUUCUAUUCUAUUAGGAAUCCUGACUGAAUGUAGCCUCAGACUAGGCUUGCACUUUUUUUUUACUGCUAUUGCUUUAACACUUUAACAUUUAUUUAGCACUUAGCAUUAUUCCUCACAGAGCUGUUUUGCACUUUAGCUAGCAUUUGAGCUUCUUAAGCUUAGCAUAGCGAGCAUAUUCUAUAUUAUGACUCCUUUCCUAUAGAUUUGCUCAUUCUCCUCACCAGCCUCUUAUAUCAGUUCAUUCAGUUGUGUGUCUCCCACUAAGGCUUUGAUGGACAACUGCAUAAUGUGGUUUAUAAGUAAAUGCAACCACAUUCUGAACUGGAUGAUGUCCAAUAAUUUCAGCGUUUUAACAUAUUGAUCUUAAUAUAACAGCUCUGUUAAAGCAUUAUACAUUUAUUUACACAUUUGAAACUGAAGCAAAUACAUAAAUAAUAUAAUCAUAUCAGUAUGCAUGUGUGUGCAUGUGUUGUCUGACUGGUUUUGCACAAUGAGCUGCUUCAUUGAGGCCUUUACACUCUUUAAACAGUACUGUAUGUAUGGAGAGAAUGAGAGAAUAAAACUGCUUCAAAAACAAAACUGUUACUGUUCUGAAAUGUUUUGCUUUAGUGUUUGAUAGUGCUGGGAGAAUGUGGGGAUUACUAAAACACUUCCUAACAUACAGGCAGAUUCGGAAGUAUUUAAACAGCCUUUUUUGAUCCUUUUUUUUUCUCUGUACAGCACCUCAGUGGGUUUGAAAAACAAUGUUUGAGCCUGUGAAAAUUGAUUUGGGUUCCGUAGUAAAUGCCGGGUGAUAGAAAAAUCCCUAACUCAUUAAAUCACAUUUAUGUUUGUUGACUCUG